AUGCACUGCAAUGCACACGCAUGUGUCGAACGCAUCCAGCGCCAAAGUGCGCCCCGACUUGUCCUCCUGGCCCUUUUGCCGUUGCAAAAUUGCGUCCCUCCUCUCCACCAUGUCCUGCUUCUCGCCUCCUCAUCGUGCCGCUCCCUCCUCUCUCCUCUCCCUUCCCCGUGCCCCAAAUACCCCUCACACGCCGCUGCCCACCCCACUUUGUCGACACUCACCACUUGCGUGCGGCCCCUGCCCUCCACGUCCCAAACUCGUAUCGCCCUCAAGUCCGAUGACACAACCCAUGUCCUGUAUUCAUUCAUUGCCACACGCUGCAGCUGUCCCGAGUGUCCUGAUAGAGCCUGGCAUGUGGCUCAGGACCCACAUGCCCACCACUCUCCAAGCCCCACACGCGAACCGUUGUAUCAAACGAUCCAGAUGCCGCCCGCCGUCCAUCCGCGCUCAUCGCAACACUCCACACCACACUCGUGUUCCGUCCCGCUCUCCACGUCCUACGCCCGCACCGUCUUGUCUUCUGAGCCCGAGACUGCAUACCUGUCCGUCGCGCUGAGCGUUACGCAAUUUAUAUCACGGGAAUGCCCGACCAUUGCUUUCCUCACUUGCCGUCCGCUUUCCACGUCCCACCCACGCACAGUCUUGUCAUAUGACCCAGAAACUCCUCGGCUUCUGUCCUCAUUCAUCGCAACACUCCGCACCCAGUCGUCAUGGCCCGGUAACACCUCUGUUAUCUUUCCCAUCUCUCCCAGGUCCCACACCCGCAUCCUGCCGUCCCGCAAACCCGAAAUCGCUCUCUUACCGUCUUCACUCACUCCCAAACGCAUCACACCUCAUUUUGUUCCACCCAUCCCCUCUCCAACUUGUUGUCCCGUCUCCACCUCCAUCCUUCGUAUCGAUCCAUCCCCCCAUCCUGCCACCGCCGUUUUCCCAUCCCCACUCAUCCCAACCCUCUCCACUUGCGCACCGUUCUCAUCUACCCCAUUUUCUAAUUCCUUCUGCGUCCUCGUGUUUCACAACUUCACCGUGCUGUCCGCACCUCCCGAUACGACAUGCCUCCCAUCUUCACUCAUCGCAACGCUCGAGACACCUCCUUUGAGUCCCGUGACCCGACCGAUUCGCCUUCCCUUUUCUGCCUCCCACAACUCCAAGUGCUCAUUUGCAUAA